GAUGCCCAGUGCCACAUUCAUCCCAUCGAGAGCUCAGGAAGGAGAUCCCAGUUUUCCCAAGAGCGGUGAAGGUCACACACAAAUGUACCUGGAAUGUGGCACUCUUCCGGCCUGGAAGCACUGGGACCUGGGGCAUUCCUGCUAAUCCUGGCAUUAAAAGGGUGAAUCAGAAGGAGGAAUGAACGGUGGGGCGUCAAGAACGUGUUUCCUGGUGUGAAGUGGCCUUGGUGUGGUGGAAAUCCACGUCCAAAGAGGAGUGUCCAUGGGGAAUGUGCCUCCUGAGGACUCAUCCCAUCGCAACACCACCCCUCAGUGCUGGCAGAGCAUCCCAAAUAGCCCCAGAUAGGGGCUUCAGGCUCUCCUAGGAGGGGGAUAUGAGGGGAAGGAAGGAUGCUCCAGGCCAUGGGUAGGAUGGAGCAGGGUGAUUGGUCCAUGCUGAGGACCACCCUGGUGUUUCUGUCCCCAAAAGCCCUGUACACGGCCCCUGACUCCUGCUAUGGGCGCUGUGAGGAGCCCUACAACAAGGAGGACGAGUGCCACUGCAGCCCCGAGUGCGAGAGGGACCACAACUGCUGUGGGGAUUACUACAGGCACUGCCAACCCGGUGGAGAAUGGGCCGAGGAGGCAGCUCACCCCCGUGAGGGUUUCUCCAGGAGCCAGGAUUCCAUCACGGACCAGGACCUCCUGCGCAUCUCAGAGCAGCUCUAUGGGGCCGACCACAACAAAGCCCAACCGAGCGACAUCGCCAUCAACCCCCAGCACCGAGCAUCCCCCGAGGAGACCGGGGACCAGGAGGACCGGUCCCCGCAGCCGCUCUAUAGGUACGUCAAUGAGAAGCUCUUCUCCAAGCCCACCUAUUCCAGCUUCAUUAAACUGCUGGAUAAUUACCGGAGGGCCACCGGGAAGGAGGAGGAGGUGACGCAGGAGGAGCUGCGGGAGCAGGAGAACUUCCUUAGGGAAGUGAUGAAGACGGAGCUCAUGAAGAAACUCUUCACCUUCCUCCAUAGCAAAAACCGCUACGGCUCGGAGCAGGAAUUCCUUGCGGAUCUGCAGGAGAUGUGGUUCGGGCUCUACUCCCGCGGGGAUGGGGAGCAGGAUUCCAGUGGCUUCGAGCACAUCUUCUCAGGGGAGGUGAAGAAGGGGAAAGUGUCCGGAUUCCACAACUGGAUUCGCUUCUACCUCCUGGAAAAGCAGGGGAUGGUCAACUACUUCAGCCACAACUUCGACGGGCCCUGGGACACGUACCCGGAUGUGCUGGGGCUCCAGUUCAGCUGGGACGGCUUCUACAAGGAGGUGGGCUCUGCCUUCAUCGGCUGCAGCCCCGAGUUCGAGCUCGGCCUCUACACGUUGUGCUUCAUCGCGAGGCCCGGGAGGGAAUGUCACCUGAGCCUGGGUGGCCACAGCCUCAGCAUCCAGACCUACCCCUGGACCAAGUCCACCUAUGGCAAUGGCAGGAGGUACAUCGCCACCGCGUACGUGGUCUCCCCCUGAGUCUAUGGGGAGGGGACGGCUGCAGCCCCACUGCGGGGCCAGGGGCUGCCCCACACCAGUGCCCAUGGCACUGGGCAGCACUGGGAGAGGGGCAGGAGCGGUGCUGGUGCUGCUGGGCCGGGCGGUGUUGGCCGAGCAGGAGGAUGGAGACAAGCCCUGCUCCCAUUGCGUGCCGCAUCCCUUGGUCGCAGCAGAGGAGCAGGAGGGAUUUGGGAUGCAAAGUGGGAGCCAGGAGUGAA